AGCGCACUUUACAGAGUGACUUGCCUCUGGCUUGACAUUCAUUGGUGAGCUUGGUAAGGAGGCAGGAUCCACAAGGGACAGAUGGACGAUCUUCAACAACAGUCCGAACUGCCACUUUCAGAAUCUACAACAGUGCCAAGUCAUACAACUGCCCACGAAGCGUCAAAUUCUCAGACAAAGGACCAGGAUAUCCUUCGAGCUAGGUUACAAGUCAUCAAGGACAAACACUUUGACAUAAUGAACACACUACACGAGAGCUUGACUGCACGACUUACUCAGCUGCAGAGACUCAUGAACUAUAGAGACCUCUUGGAUAGCAUGUCACCUUAUCUGCUGGUGCCAUGGACCGAAAUGCCGCAAGAAUUUGAUUUGAAGAUGAUGGAGGAAUUUGAGGAGAACAUUGCAAGCAUACUAAGCCUCGAAAAGUUCUAACUUCUAGAGCAAGCAUCCUUUGCACCGACGCGAUUACCUCCAGAACAACAUGACUGAGUUACGCAAGUCCCACGAGCCUUGCUUAUACGAUUAUGUAUGAAUCUCAUUAUGAGAGAAUAUUCCAAAAAGCUCCAGAGGACAAGUAAAACCCACACGGUUUGAGUAGCCUCGAUCCAUUUCUUUCCAUUGAAAUUCUUACAUUGCAACCGCAAUAUAAGAAUUUUCUUUUAUUCUUUUAAUAAUGCCAGCAAGGUACUCUUGCUGACUCGUAGCAAACUUCUCGUGACACACUAGUACUCUUUUAGACCUCUAAUUGAAAAAGUACGACAUUGUA